AAUACUAGAAAUGAAGAAAAAGAAGAAGAAAAAAAAGAGAGAAAAAAGAAAAAAAAAAAGUAAAGAAACCAAAAAAGUGUGUUACUGGCUAUAACAAGAAAUCCAGGAGCUAAGCUUGCUUGAUAGUCGUCCAAGUUCAAAGAUCCACAAAGGAUACGAUCACUGCAGGUAAAAAAGAUUAAGUCAUUAACUGCCGUUUCAAGGGAGGGAAUCCGGAGAGAGCAACAUACAAAUACUUUUUGCAUUUAUAAGAUAGAUAAUAUGAACGUACUAUAAAUACGAAGGCUACUACAACCACUGAGGCCACAGCUUAAGCCUCAAGUUAAAGUGAAAGAGUUUCGUGAUCUCUACAAACAAACAAACAAACAAAAAUGGCAGAACUCACCUUCUCAUCCCCAUCUUGCCAUGCUCUCCUUUCCACUGUCACUACCAUUUCGCGGCGGCCACGAUCGGUGACAAUGUGCAUGGACCAGUCAAGGCCAAACGUUCCAAAGGACAAGGUGGUCCUCAUCACUGGUACUACCGGCACAGGCAAGUCACGCCUCUCCGUCGAUCUCGCCAACCAUUUCACCGGUGAGAUCAUCAACUCCGACAAAAUGCAAGUCUACAGCGGGCUGGAGAUUGCGACGAAUCUCAUCCCAGACGAUGAGCAAGGUGGAGUCCCCCACCAUCUCCUUGGUGAGUUUCACCCGGAAGAUGGUGAACUUUCCCCAGCAGAGUUUCGCUCUUUAGCGACAUUGAGCAUAUCUAAUGUUGUUUCGAGGGGGAAACUCCCUAUCAUAGUGGGUGGAUCAAAUUCCUUCAACCAUGCUCUCCUUGUUGAGCGUUUUGACCCGGAAACGGAUCCUUUCGCUCCUACUUCAAGUCUUUCAACCAUAUGCUCGGACCUGAGGUACAACUGCUGCAUCUUCUGGGUGGAUGUCUCGGAGCCGGUUCUGUUCCAGCACCUGUGCAACCGCGUGGACAAGAUGAUCGACUCGGGACUGGUCGAGCAGCUCGCGGCUUUCUAUGACCCUAUAGUAGAUUCAGGGCCGAGACUUGGGGUUCGAAAGACUAUAGGGGUAGAGGAGUUUGAUCGAUACUUUCGAGUGUACCCGAGGGAGAUGAACAAGGGAACGUGGGACCUGGGAAGAAAGAUAGCGUACGAGGAGGCUGUGAAGGGGAUGAAAGAGAGGACGUGUCGGCUGGUGAAAAUACAGAAAGAGAAGAUCAUGAAGCUGAUACGAGGCGGUUGGGAGAUCAAGAGGCUUGACGCCACAGCGGCCAUUAUGGCCGGGCUUAAUAAGCGUUCGGGGAAAUUGGGAGAAGGAAUGAGUAGCGACGAGAUUUGGGAGAAGGACGUUUUCAACGUAAGCGUGGAUACUGUGAAGCGUUUCUUGUUGGAAGGGUAGUGUUUUUUGUUUUUUGUUUUUUUGUUUUUUUAGUUAAAUAGCAAGAAAUAUAUAUAUUUUGAAAAAAAUGUAAUAUGUUGUCCUCAAGAAAAAAUGUAAGGUCUUACUAAAAAAAGAAGAAAAAGAUUUAAUGUGUUUAGUAUAGAGAAAAGAACAUUAUGAAAGACAAUGUCAUGAUUAAA